AAUUUAGCGCGAAUUCAAAAUUUUACGACGAGACACGAACACCUGGUAAGUGGUAGUCAUACAGUUACUCCCUCGCCUCAUAUUGGCAUAUCUAGAUCUACCUACUUAAAAAGAUCUGGCUUCGAUUUAUUUUUGAAACGGUAGGUGUAAGUGUUAUGAUGGCUGCCUUGAAGGACAUGUCAGAGUCAGAUGUCGCUCUCGAGUUGUCUGGGCUUCAAAUGUUACCAUUAGUGGAAUUACAUCCUUCCAGCUCUUUGCUUAACAGAUAUGUUAUGGGUAAGAUAGUUGACCGUAGUCCAUUGAUAACUAAAGGCAAGCUACCAGUCUUGAAGUUUGUUUUGGAGGAGUCUUCUUCAUCCAGUCGCAUUAAUGUUUAUACAUUUGGUGACUAUGCAACAGGGAUUGAUGCUUAUAUGGAUGGGGAUACCAUCUUUAUCAGCAAUGUUAUGAUAGAACGUUCUCAUACAUUCUCUAAAGAUAACCAUCAUAAAUGUCAUCUUAUGGUUCAUAAAGCUAGAAGUCAUGCUCGUGUUUGGGUUUGUCCACAACAAAAUAAAAAUGGUAACAAUGCUGCAUCCGUAUCAGCAGCCACUUGCACUACUACAGCAUCCACAACUACUACAGGCCCUACAACAUCCACAGGCAUUACAAAGGCCCAAGGUGAUGGAGGGAGUGUGCCUGGAACACCUUCUAAGGUCACCCAUGGCAGGUUGAUUGAUAUCAAUGCAGAAUCUUCUCCAAAUAAAUCCAACAGAACAUAUAAAUAUACUUGUUUGAAUGACAUCAAGGAAACUGGCUCUGUCGAUAUUUAUGGUGUUGUCAAAUUUUUCAAGCCACCAUACAAAACGAAAGGCCCAGACUAUUGUAUGUCCCUGACCAUCGUGGAUCCAUCUCUGCCUGAGGAAGAUUCUGGUCUGAAAUGUGUUCUAUUUCAACAGGACAUCAAGAAACUCCCUGAGGUUCUUAGCAAAGGAGAUAUCGUCAGACUGCACAGACUUAGAAUCCAGAAAUACAAUAGUGAUUUCCAAGGAGCCAAGGGGAAUGGGUUCUCAAGUCUAGUCUUUGAUGGCAGACCCAACACUCCUUUGGAACCCAGGUCAUCCAGUGUUAACUACACUUUAACAGAUGAAGACAAGGAAAAGGUUCGUGAACUCCGAUUAUGGGCAAAACGCCAGACAUCAGUGCCCCUUGCAGGCCAGAGCUGGACCCUGUCCCAAAUAGUCUCCCGAGAGUACUUUGACCUCAUGUGUCAGGUCGUUGCUGUGGCAAUCAUCCCUGCAGAAAGUUGUGUGCUUAUCAAAGUAUGGGAUGGCACCAAAUACAAAUGGCCAGUAAGGUGUUUGGACGUGAGCAAAGUACAAGUAAAGUGGGAUACCGAGUUGGCAUGCCGAGCUGAAGGCCUGAUGAUUGAUGUCGCCCUCUAUGAUAACCACAUGAAAGCUGGCCGAGAGCUGAAGCCCGGUGACUUUGUAAGACUAUACAACCUACAUGCUGCGCCCUACGUACCACCAAACACAGCACCUGCCUCAACAUCAGCUGAUCAAGAUAAUACUAACCAUAAUACAAACAUGAUCGAAUUGGUCUUGCACCGUGGAACAUCAUAUGGUCGUGGUCUGAUGGUUAUGAAGGAGUAUGAGGAGGAUGUCCGUGUCAUGAAAGGGAGAAUGGAAGAGCUAAGUAGAAGACAAGUUCAGCCAUCUAGUAAUGGUGACUGGUCACAUGAUAGUGGUCAGUCAUCACAUGGUGGUGAUGGUGGUCAUAGGAUGGAUAGCAAUGAAAUCCAACUUGAUAACCUUGACUGGGAGAUUCCAGACUCCUUAGGAACACCCAGGUCCUCUCCUAGACAUAAGAACCCAGAGAAUGCAAGCUGGCCGAGCUCUUUCAAUAGUGGACACGAACUGCAAUGUAUGCAGAAACCCAUCUCAGUCAUCACACAAUACCAAGAUUGUCAGGUUUCUAAGAUAAAGCAGAUGAAGGACCAUCCUCCUCAUCUCUUUCGUUUAAAGGCUGCAGUAGUAGACUACUACCCAAGAACCAUCCAGGAUUUUGUACAUCUUUUCUGUUCACAAUGCAGAAUGAGCUGUAGGAUACCUUCCACCCGGAGUGCUUCAAACAGCAAACCACAUGGCAGCACAGGUCAGUCAAGUGCAGACAAUGACAGGAAGAGAAAAGCAGCACAAGAAUCUGAGUCACCUAGAAGAAGCAGAAGAAUCAAGAAACAAAUAGGAGAUUCAAGUGAUUUUUCACAGGAAAGAGACAAAGAAAGAAAGAAGAUGACAAAACGGAAAGGAAGACAAGUAACAACAAAGUUGACACCUCAAAAGAACAAAGAGAAUAUUAAUGCUCUAGCUUACAUCAAAGACUUGACAGUGCAAGAGACUUUAACUCUAAUGAAAGAAGGGAUGCAGCUAGUCCGUGUACCAAAGCUCUAUAUGAGAGAGGCAAGACAUCAAGACAAGGGAAGACUUAGUAAUAGAACACAACUCUAUGUAUGUCAUACAUGCUGUCCAGAUCAACAUCAAGACAAAGAUGUUGUGCUUCUGCAGUAUCAUUACUGGAUCAAGCUAUGGCUGCAAGAUUCAACAGAGAGAGUAGAGACCAUCUUACAAGGUUCUGACGCUGAAUUGUUCUUUGGCACACCAGCUACCAAUCUUCAUAUGAACCCUGACAGCAGGCUCUCCAUAGCUGAUACGAUGGAAAGACUGUGUCCUCAUCCUUGUGAGACCAACCCUGAUACUGACCCCCCUCAGGCUAACUCUGUCACCACCAACCCCAAGCUUGAAUGCUGCGUAGAAAGACUGGUCUCUAUGAGACACGGGUCACGCAAAGUCACAUACCAUAUGCGAGAUACCCAGCUGGCAUUAGAUGUACAUUAACAACCUAUGUUGAUUGUGUGAAACAUUGGGAAUUCAUUUGCUUAGAGUUAGCAUUUGAUUCAUCUGGGGGUAUGAGUUUCAGCCUAUCACAUGGUCAUUGAAAAAGUGAUGAGUUUUCAGAUGACAACAGUAUGGAGAGCAACAACCAGUUUCAUAUCAGUAUGAGAAGAAUAAAAGAAUCAUAGACAAGCUACUGUAAUAAUAAUAAUAAUAAUAAUAUAGGGUAUUUAUAUUGCGCACAUAUCCACCUUGUUAGGUGCUCAAGGCGCUCCUAUAUUACCCGGCUAAGCUAGGCGUUCAUAGCGAACACAGCUUUUUAAGGAUACAAUGUAAUCUUUAUAUAUCCAAUAUGGAUCUGCAUUACUCCAUGCAUAUGGGAGCUUUGCAUUAUAUUAAAGUAGGUGUCAUUUCUGUAUUUCAUAUACCCUACAUACCCUUGUAUGGUUAGAAGUGACUACCAGUUCCAUCAUCUUAUUGAAAAUGUUUGACUGAAAUAGCUCUUAUAUGGAGAGUAUUAUAUUAUAAAGUCUCUCUUCUGAUUUUUUUCCAGUGGGGCAAGAAUAUUUGGAUUGAUUCUGAUAUUAUGCAAAUACAAUAAAUUCCUUGCCUAAAUAGAACAGUAUCUACCUGCAUGUUUGAAUCUCUGUAGAAUGGUAAUAUAAUUAACAUUCUAAUAUUGAAGAUUGUUUAUAUUUUUAGGAGACAAGUACCAUUCAAGAUGACAUAUGACCACGCCUUUCUAAUGUAAAUUGUGUGCCCCAUUUAAGUUAUGAAUUAUAUUUUGCAGGAAAAUAUCUAGUUUUCAGAGAUUUUUCCAUAUUUUCGUUCAUAGCAAUAUAAUUGCUUUAAGUUAUACUUAAAUUAAAAGUAUACCUACAUGUAGAAGUUGCAGUGCAUGAACUAUUAUGUUUAUUUUAAUCAUAUCAUCAUAGAGCUAGAUCUAGGAAAUUUUGACAUAGUUCAGGUAAACCAGACAUUGUGAAGGAUAGAAAUCUGGGCUGAAUAGUAAUUAUGCUGGAGAUGGCCAACACAGAAAAGCACACUUGGACACAUAUAUAUAUCAUUGCAGAUGCCAUGCUGAUUUUACUUAUUUCUGAGCAAUUACUAUUUUUUUCUCCAAAGAAUUGUGCACAUUGUUUGUAUUUUAUCAGAAUACAAACAAUUUUUAUUGGAUGGCAUGAACAUAUAUAUUGAAAUGUUGAGUUUGGCUGUUUCUUUUUCAGGUCAAAACUAUUGACCACAAAAGGAUACAUGCUGUACUUUGAAGUCUCCAUACUGAAGGUUAUGUCUACCAUAGAAAUGUUAUAUUUAUUUUAUUUACUUAUUCAUUUUUUUUUUUGGGGGGGGGAGGUCAUGUAGUUUUCAUGUCUUGUCUUGAUUGAGUCAGCAUAUGCAGGAUGGCUGUACUCUGCUCUGCACUAGGAUAUGUUGGGAUUACUGAGCAUAACAUUUAGUACAAUUACAUAUAUGUGUUGAUACAUACACAAAACAAUUGAUAUUUUAAUUCAGACUGCAAAGUGAUUGUCAUACCUUUGCACUUCAUAAAUACAUGUAUUCAACUGUUAUAAUUUAGAAGCAUUACUUCUUUGAGUGGUUAUCGGACUGUAACAUGAAUAUUUCAUAGCACAAUCUUUAUUCAAUUAAGGAGAUCAACUUUGAAGUCAAUUUUCUGAAAUGUAUUUUCUAUCCUUCUGUUGGCUACAUACUGUCUAUUUUUGUAUUAUAUCUUAAGAGUCUUAAUAUUUAAUAAGUUUGAAAAGCUGAUAAUUAAAAUACCAAACUGCUAUAUCAAACAUUUGUCAAAGAUGCAUAUAAAUUAUCUUUACUUCUUUAGUAUCUUUAGAGGUAUUCCUCAAAUGCUUCAUAAAAUGUAUUAAUGUAUUAUAUAUACAUUCUUACUUGUACAAAUUUGUAAAUAUAUAUAUUAUGAGAAUUUCUUUACACACCACAAUUUAUUGAAAUUUUAUUUCACAAAUGAGUUUGCAGUCUUGUAUUCUUUUUCUUUUUUGCUUUCCAUCUCUCCUCUCCUCUAUUUUUUUUCAUUUGAUCUAUUGCCCUCUUUUUCUUCUCUCCCAUGCUUUUCAGCUGAUACAUAUGUUUCAUGCCUUUCUCCACCUUUAACUCGUCUGUAAAUUUGUUUCUUAUAUCAUACACUUGAAAUGAAUUACGUGCAAAAGACGUGCCAUGAAAUAAAAACUGCCUGCAAACCAAAUAAA